CAUAACAAAUAUCUCGUGCAUGACCAGCCAAGUAGCCACCAGCCAGACUAGUUCAGUUGGCUAAAUGGGUGUAUCAGCUUUCAGGCGGUGGACCAUAAGAAAGGAUAAAUGAGGCCGGAGUAUCUAGGAUAUCACCACAGGCAGAACCCUUUCGGCACCUAUAUCCACUCUAUGUUUUCUCGCCAUAGAAACAGUAGAGCAAGAUGGCCAAUACUGCAAACUGUCCAAUAAAUGGUUCAACAUAUCCUACCAUGCGCAUGAAAUUUGGUGAGAGUUGAGUAGCCAUGGUCCACCGGGGCAGAGAGCCAGGAGACCUAAAUCCCACAGGAUAUAAAAAUCCUGCAUCCAACAGUGAGCAACUGAGCGUAGGUGCCUCAGCCCUCUUAAUCUCUUAACAAUUUACUUUGUGGGUAGGUUAACCAUUUUCAAAGGCAAGGAAAGCCAGGUGGAAUGGUUGGUGUAGAAAACCUAGCAGAACCGAUUGGAAAUGGUUAGCACAGUGAGCCAAUUUGAAUUGGUUGGUGCAGAGAGCUAAUCACAACAUGGACAGGUGGGAAGGGCAAAUGGAAAGGGACAGUAAAGUAGAAGAUGAAGAGAAAUGGAUAAAGCAUUAUAGCAGUACUCGUCAUAAAAUACUAUCAGCUCGGGAAGGGUUUUUUUUUCUUUUCCUGCAUAUGCCUCAGAGCCUUUGGGUCUGCUGCCAGUAUGGUUUAAUAUUAUUCUGAGCAUGAACCUAAUAUAAGAUAGAUAAGACUAAUUAACAACGUUCCUAGUUGAUUUGGGCCUUGUAUGCAUGAACAAUCCUCCAUGGAGUAGAAGCACACACUAGGAGGCACCACCCUUUUCUGCUUGGCAAAUUCUUUGACAGGAUAGCCUCUCCCCCUGCAGGUUUUCUUCAUGUCUGGGGUGACAGCAACAUGAUCCAGAUACAGUAAGCUUAGCGUAUGUGAGAAGUCAAAGAAUUAUCGACAUUUUACGCAAUAACCCCAGAAUUUAUUAUUGUCCUCGAUAGAACACAUCCUUCUCGGACAAUGGAACAUGCCAUCUGAAGAAACCAAUCAAGGGUGAUUUUCUUAGAAAGGUAAUUUAUCCUUGGAAAAUUGAUUCUCUACUCCAUAUCUUGUCCACACUUGCUGAGGAAUUACAAGGCCUGGUUCUUCAAUUAUUUGCUAUGCGUGGAUGUUCUAUAUAUAAAUGGAUGGUCAUGUCAAAACUGGCAGAUUUUCUCUUGAUAUUAGUGAUCUUUGAAAGUAAUUUAAAAGAAGGAUCAUUCUCCUGCUUCAUGCCACAUAACCUGGUUUGGGUGGAGAAUUGAUUAAAUGUCCAAAUACGAAACCACCAUGCAUGAACCUGGAGACUAAUGAAACAGGCUUCUAUUGGGCCAAGAAACUAGGCAACAUUUAAACCUGUCAGCAGUACUAUGGAAGACUAAAAAUUCCUUGGAAAUGAAACUCAUCAAUAACUCUCUAUGAAUCCCGAUGAGUCCUCAUUCUGGGGGUGAGGGAAGUUGCCUGAUCAGGCCUCCUGAUUAUAUAUUCAUGCCAGGAGAAAAGGUUAAAGGUCAUAUAUAGAACUGGCCAUUUUCAUCAAGGUCAAAUAUAUAUAGAAAUGGAUAGUUUAGAGAGCCACUUGGAAAUGCUUAAUAUAGAUGAUAACAAGGAAGAGAAAUGGAUAAAGCAUUAUAGCAGCACUCAGAAAAUGCUUCUAGUUGGAGAUGGUGAUUUUUCUUUUGCUGUUUGCUUGGCUGAAGCCUUUGGCUCUGCUACUAACAUUGUUGCCACUUCUCUGUACUCUGAAGGUAACAAUAUUUCACCUGUCUCCGUAUACAUUUGUCUAAUAUUUGUUGGAUUCAAUCUGAUUGAUCCUGUACUUACAAAAUUAAGAGAUGAUGAGGCUCAAGUACAGUGGAGCUGCAUCCAACUUGAGAGAACUGGAGGAACUAGGAUGCACUGUUAUGCACGGAGUAAAUGCACAUACCAUGAACAGUCAUCCUCUUCUCACCCAUAAAUUGUUUGGCAGGAUAGUCUAUAAUUUUCCUCAAGCAGCUCUCAAAAGGAGUGAAGCAAACAUUCGCCAAAUUGAAAGUCAUCGAAGGUUGGUGAAGGGCUUCUUUAAGAGUGCAAGUGACAUGAUGGAAGAGAAUGGAGAAGUUCAUGUGACUCACAAGACUCCAGAUCCAUAUAGCAAGUGGGAAAUUGAGAAACUAGCAGAAGAAGCUGGGCUGUUCCUGGUUGAAAAAGUUAAGUUCAGAAAAUCUGAUUACCCAGGAUAUGAAAAUAAAAGAGGAUCUGGGUCUAGAGCUGAUGAGAGUUUUCCUCCUGGAAACUGCUGUACCUUCAAAUUUGGAAAGAGUACCAGUCUUUGACACUGAGCAACUGUGUCAUUAUAUCCUCUCUCUGUAAGAAGACUUGUGGAAUGAAAAUGAUGUAAUCUUUUCUUU